CGGGGAUUAAGAUCCAUCCUUAGUGAUUAUUUCCCUCGUAAAUCUCAUUUCACAUCAUUUUUCACCAUGGCGAAGGCACGCACCAAGAAGCGCACCCAUGUUCGCGCGACAAAUGCCACGGCUGCUGCCAAAGGCGGCGCCUCGUCUAUGAGCAAAACACCCAAGUCGAUGGUCAUUCGAGUUGGCGCUACACAGGUCGGCUCCAGCGUCAGCCAGCUGGUCAAAGAUGUGCGGACGAUGCUUGAGCCCGAUACGGCUGUGCGCUUGAAGGAACGCAAAUCGAACAGACUUCGGGAUUUCACAACAAUGACCGGCCCUCUGGGCGUGACCCAUCUUCUUCUUUUCUCCAAAUCCGCCACGGGCAACACGAAUCUGCGGUUGGCGCUCACCCCCCGAGGGCCGACCCUGCAUUUCAAGGUGGAGAAUUACUCUCUGUGCAGAGACGUCGAGAAGUCGUUGAAGCGCCCGCGCGGCGGUGGCCAGGACCACAAGACGCCUCCGCUGCUCGUGAUGAACAACUUCAACUCCCCCGGCGCAGACGAGAACUCCAAAGUACCGAAGCGCCUCGAGAGCCUGACCACGACCAUUUUCCAAUCGCUCUUCCCUCCGAUCAACCCCCAAGCUACCCCUCUCACCUCCAUCCGUCGUGUCAUGCUCCUGAACCGUGAGCUCGCCCCCGAAGGCGAAGAACAGGACUCCUAUGUCCUCAAUCUCAGACACUAUGCCAUCACGACGAAGAAGACCGGUAUCUCGAAGCGUAUCCGUCGUCUCGAUCCCAAGGAAAUCCGGAACAAGGAGAAGAAGAAGACCGCCGUGCCGAAUCUUGGAAAGCUCGAGGAUGCCGCAGACUAUCUGCUCGAUCCCUCGGCGGCAGGCUACACGUCUGCUAGUGAAACUGAAAUGGAUACGGACGCGGAGGUGGAGAUCGCAGAGAGCACCACCCGGAAGGUUCUCACGAAACGUGAACUGCAGCGGAUGAAGGCUGGCGACAAGGAGAAGGCACAGAAGAAGUUGAGCAACGGCCCCGGGGUCGAGAAGCGGGCGGUCAAGCUGGUUGAGCUGGGCCCGCGCAUGAAGCUCCGGCUGCAGAAGGUUGAGGAGGGCUUGUGUGAGGGCAGAGUCAUGUGGCACGAUUUCAUCUCGAAGUCUGAGGAGGAAGUCAACAAGCUGGACAAGAGCUGGGAUAAGAAGAAGAAGGAGAAGGAGGAGAGAAAGAAGCAACAGCGGGAGAACAUUGAGAAGAAGAAGGCCGAGAAGGCUAAAGCCAAGGCCAAUGGCAAGGAGGUUGAAGGUGAUGAUGACGAGGACGUUGACAUGAGCGACGAAGACUGGCUCAGCGACGAUUUCGACGAGGAUGAUGAGAAUGUGGUGCAGGAUGAGGAUGACGAGGAAGAAGAAGAGGAGGAGGAGGAGGAGGGAGAAGAGGAGGAUGGUGACGAGUCUAUGGAUGAGUAAAUCUCCUUUGCCAUCCAUAAAUACGAUGUUCUUUGAGUCGUCAGCCAUCACGAAUAUUGGCUGCCACACGGCGCUUCCAGGCUUGCCAGUCCCCUUCACACCCUUACCUUCACCAUGCUGGAUAGCUUCUAACACGUCUGCGACGUGCCAAUGAUCCCAUGCAAACAAUUCCAGCGCAUUGCAUCAUGUCAAAUGCUCAUGGCCAUGCCCCUAGUAUGGUGCACAUGAGUUGUUAUACAUUAUGCAGAUUUCGAUGCAUGUGGUCGGCUUGUUGGAGAAACGGAGCAGUUGAUGGGAAGGAACUCAAUUCGUCCGUACAUCGAACGCCAGUAUUACUAUUCAUUAUUUGUUUGAUGGAAAGGAAAAAGUUAUGUACCCUAUGGUUCGUUAGGAGUUUCAAAAUUAUACCCACGAUUUCUGGUUGCACAUGCAGCAGCAAGAGCC